AUGGCAGUUGAUGAUUUGCAGAAAUUAGGUACUGGUAAUAAUAUGAGGGAACAGAAAGAAGGUGGACAAGUGGAAAUAGCCAGUAGGCAAACAAUUCACAGUGGACAUUUUAUGGUCAGCCGUGUUCACGACGUAGUAUCAGAAGAAUUUGAUGAUGUCCCUUUGGAAACCAGCGACGAUGCCUUUGAUUUUGUUACUGCCAACAAGGAAACUUCCAAAACUUAUAGCUUUGGACCUAAGAGUGAUCACACCCUUGCCAUUGAUGCCUCAUUAACCAAGUUAUUCGAGUGUAUGACCCUAGCUUACAGUUUACCACAAGGUUCAAAGUCCAUGUUUUUGUUUCCUGUAGCAUGUUACAAGAGAAUGAGACUAUUGAAUUGA